AUGCAGGCCCUCCCAGAAGCGCGACAGCAAACCUUUGAGGAGAUAUAUGGUCCCCCAGAGAAUUUCCUUGAAAUAGAAGUGAGGAAUCCUCAAACCCAUGGCACAUCCCGCAAUAUGUACACGUCCUAUGAAAUCGUCUGUCGCACCAAUAUCCCAGCCUUCAAGCUAAAACACUCCGUUGUGCGCCGUCGCUACUCCGACUUUGAAUACUUUAGAGAUAUCCUGGAGAGAGAAAGCGCGCGGGUUACCAUUCCACCGCUUCCUGGGAAGGUCUUUACAAAUCGGUUUAGCGAUGACGUUAUUGAGCACCGGAGGGAAGGCCUCCAGCGAUUCUUGCAGAUAGUCGUGGGGCAUCCACUGUUGCAAACAGGUAGCAAGGUGUUGGCUAGCUUUGUUCAAGAUCCGAAUUUGGGAUCGCAACGCCUGGUGACAAAGCAAUGCAUAAGAAUUGAGUCGUGCAAUAGCGCGUGGUCAGUCUCCUAG